CCAAAAAAAAUGUCAAAGGACACGAGUACGUGCGCGUACUCGUAUUCUUUGUGUGGCAGCGUAGAGAAGCGCCAAAAGAGUGACCAUGGCUGAUGAAAAACCAAAGGAGGGUGUCAAGACGGAAAACAAUGAGCACAUCAAUCUAAAGGUAGCGGGUCAGGAUGGCUCUGUCGUGCAGUUCAAGAUCAAAAGACACACGCCGCUUAUCAAACUCAUGAAGGCCUACUGCGACAGACAGGGACUGUCAAUGAGCCAAAUCAGGUUCAGAUUUGAUGGGCAACCAAUGAAUGACACAGACACACCUGCACAGCUGGAAAUGGAAGAUGAGGACACAAUUGACGUGUUUCAGCAACAGACAGGAGGCUUGAUUUAAAAGGACCGCACCGCACCUUGACACUGUUUUCCUCCAACUUCCCCAGCCCAUGACGCCCAGCGGCUGGUCCUUUUUACAACGCAUCGACUGUCUCAGCAGAUUUCCAUGCAGAAGAGGUUUUAAAUGCUGUAUAAUAUGUUCAUUCACACCCUUGUUACUUUUCUUUGUACAUAAUCUACAUCCAUACAGCCUUGCAUUAUAAUGUCCAUGCUGUAUUGUGGUAAUUGUGUAGGAGCUUCCAUCCUAGUUCUGAGGGUUUCUUCUGAAGAUGCAAGUAAAUUAAAAAAAUUAAUUUACUGAGACUCACUAAAGUAUUCAUAUAUUAAGCAUGGUAACUAUCCACCAAGUCUGAACUCAAGUUAGACAGUUUUGGGACUUGCUGUCACUUUGUGAGCAGCUCACCCGCUUUGGGAACACGACUAGGUUAUCAUUUAGCCUCUGUUAUUGUCUAAAAGAAAUAUUCAUUUUAUAUACUUUUUAUAUUGUACUGGAUGUUUAAUCGUUUUACUUGUCCACUUCAAAUUUUGGGAAGCCUAAAGGGAUAUUUCAGUUAAAUACACAUUCGUAUUGUCUAUUAAAAUGCUUGUUAAAAUAAAGCUGUUGUCGUUUUUCCCAAA